GCCAGCAUCCCUAUUAACUUCCAGUGCAGUGUGGUGAGUGCAGCAACAGUUACAGCUAGUUUAGUGCGUGUCUUCUAUUGUAAUAGUUUUAAUAGCUAUAAGAUCUAUUGCUGGAUUUGCACAUGAUUUUAAAAUCCGAACUGUUGCUUUGUCUUUUGUUCCCGGUCUUAGUACUGUAUAGCUAAUCAUCUCUCAGUUCCUGAACACUGACAAGUAGCUCAACACAAUGAGUAAUAUUAGGAUCAAGUUUAAAAAUGAAAAGACAGUCCCACUUGAGGUCAUACCUCAUAGCACCAGCCUUCAUCAAUUUGCUUUUAUCAAAGCCAAUUCAACAGACAGCGAUGAGGAUUAUGAUGAUCCUUUCUAUUUAAUGGAUGUGAAGAGACUGGCUGAUCGCUACCAGUUAUGGAGAGAUACUCUUCCCUCCAUUAAACCAUAUUAUGCUGUCAAGUGUAAUGAAGACCCAGUCUUGCUUUCUUUAUUAUCGCAUCUUGGAACUGGUUUUGAUUGCGCCAGUAAAGGUGAGAUCAGUCAUCUACUAGAGAUGGGUAUUUCACCUGGGGACAUCAUAUUUGCUCAUCCAUGCAAGCAAAUAUCACACAUAAAGUAUGCAGCAAGGAAUGGGAUUUCUUUAGUCACUUUUGAUAAUGAGAUGGAGUUGCAUAAAAUGGCUACUCAUCACAGCAAUGCAAAGCUAGUGGUACGUAUUUGUGCUGAUGAUUCUAUUGCUCGAGCUCAGCUAGGAGUCAAGUUUGGUCGCUCUGUGGCUGAUGCCUGUAGCUUGCUGAAUGAUGCUAAACGCCUGCAGUUACAAGUCAUUGGAGUAUGCUUCCAUCUUGGUACCAGAUGUCAGACUCCUGAUGCUUACAGGAUUGCUUUGGAAAUGGCCCAUGAAGUCUUUGAAUAUGCUGAUACUGUUGGGUAUCAUUUCAAUUUCCUGGACAUAGGAGGAGGUUUCCCUGGAUCUGAUACAGAGCUGGCUCUCUUCCAAGAGGUUGCCAGUACAAUCAAUCUCAGUAUUGGCAGACUGUUCUCUGAUAGACACGACCUUAACAUCAUUGCUGAGCCAGGUCGCUACUUUGCUUCUUCCUGUUUCUCACUUGCUGUACAAGUUACCAGUAAACGUCUCCCAUCAUCUGAGAAUGAAUCCUUCAUGUAUUAUGUGAAUGACGGAGUCUAUGGCUCCUUUAAUUGUCUGAUACAUGAUCCUGCCAAAGUGCAACCAAAAGUGCUGGAGGGUCCCACUGUCACCAGUUCUUCCAAUCCUACCUACUCUUGUGUUAUUUGGGGUCCAACCUGUGCCCGUCGUGAUAAAGUCUGCACUGCUCUCCUUCCAGAGGUCACAGUGGGCGAUUGGAUCCAGUUUGAAGACAUGGGGGCGUACACCAUAUCUGGCCAUUCAAACUUUAAUGGUUUCAGCAGGCCAAAAGUGUUUUAUUGUUUAAGAGAAGAAGACAAGGAGAGUUUUGAGGAUGUUUUCAGGAAUAUAUUGACAAGCAGGUCGAGCCUAUCUUCGCCAUCUUGAUGUAAACUGCUUUGCUGAGAACCUGUUACCUGUCUUAGAUGCUAUGUUACUUAAUUGCUAGUAUUAUAUCCUCUCUUUGUCUCAAACCUCUUUCCCUUCCCUAGCUUUCAUUAUUUGUUAACGUUAGAA